AUGACGCGGGAAUCGGAGCCAACCCAGAGAAAGAUUGUUUUGGAAACGACUUCGACAUCAUUCCCUAGCUCUCACAAGAAAAUAGUGGCGCCAAAGGACACACCCUAUUUUGUUGAAAAUGAAUUCCGACUCUCCAGUGCUGAAAGCUUUAUCGAUGUCCACGAUCCCGCUACCAACAACUUGGUGACGAGAGUUCCGCAGAUGAGCAAGCAAGAACUUCAAGAAGUGAUCCGUUCUGCGCAAAAGGCAUUUUCAUCAUGGAAAAACACAUCCGUAAUUGCUCGGCAGCAGGUUAUGUUCCGCUAUGUCGGUCUUAUUCGCGAGAACUGGGACCGACUGGCAGCUGUUAUCACCUUGGAGCAAGGAAAGACAGUCGCAGACGCUAAAGGUGACGUCUUGCGCGGUCUUCAAGUUGCUGAAGCGGCCUGCUCUGGGCCCGAGUACAUGAAAGGCGAAGUUCUGGAAGUGGCCAAAGAUAUGGAAACACGGACUUAUAGAGAGCCCCUUGGUGUUGUCAGUGUCAUCUGUCCAUUCAACUUCCCUGCCAUGAUCCCACUAUGGUGCAUUCCGGUCGCCGCAAUCACAGGAAACACUGUUGUUCUAAAGCCGUCUGAACGAGCCCCCGGAGCUGCAAUGAUUCUCGCUGAACUAGCUGAAAAGGCCGGGUUCCCCAAGGGUGUGAUCAAUGUGGUCCAUGGUGCCCACGACACAGUCAAUUUUUUACUCGACGCACCCGAAAUCAAAGCGAUUAGUUUUGUCGGUAGUAACAAAGCCGGAGAAUACAUCUACGAAAGGGGAUCUGCCAAUGGCAAAAGAGUCCAAGCCAAUCUCGGUGCGAAAAAUCAUGCGCUUAUUCUUCCCGACGCUGAAAGGGACCAAACCCUGGAUUCCAUCAUUGCGGCGGCAUUUGGAGCCGCCGGCCAGCGCUGCAUGGCUUUAUCUGUUGCUGUGUUUGUUGGAGAGACAGAAAAUUGGCUUCCGGAACUCGUGAAAAGAGCUAAAGCUCUCCGUGUCAAUGGAGGAUUCGAAGGCGAAUCUGAUCUUGGACCCGUAGUGACUUUGCAGAGCAAGGCACGUAUUGAGAGACUUGUCGCUAGCGCCACCAAUGAAGGUGCCACCAUACCCCUUGAUGGUCGCGGCUUCAAGCCGGACCUCUAUCCUAACGGUAACUGGGUCGGUCCGACGAUCAUCGCGGAUGUCAAGCCAUCUAUGGAGUGCUAUAGGGAGGAAAUCUUUGGCCCGGUGCUUUCUUGCAUUACAGUGAGCUCUAUUGACGAGGGCAUUGAGUUGAUAAAUGCGAACGAGUAUGGGAACGGUGCUGCUGUCUUCACUUCAUCAGGUAUUCAUGCCGAAAGAUUCAGGAAGAAUAUUGAGGCCGGCCAGGUUGGUGUCAAUGUCCCUAUUCCUGUCCCGCUCCCUAUGUUCUCAUUUACUGGAAACAAGAGGAGUGUCGCAGGUGGGGGUUCCAAUACGUUUUAUGGAAAACCGGGUGUCAAUUUCUACACUCAGUUGAAGACCGUGACAUCGAAAUGGACUAGCAGGGAUGUUGGGCCUUCGAAAAUGGCACUUUCGAUGCCAACACACAGUUAG